AUGUCGGAAGAAAACGGCAAGCGCAAAGCUGAGGAGGAGCCAUCAUCUCCUACCCCAUCCAAGCGCAUCAAGCAAGAUGAUUCCGCCGAGCCCCCGGAGAAGAAACCUGAAAUCAAACGAAUUCCAUUUCCCGAAAAGCCUGCUGUUAUUGAGGAGCGCAAUGGCGAGAUCGAAUUCCGAGUAGUCAACAACGACAACGAGCGCGAGUCGCUCAUCAUUUUGACCGGCCUCAAAUGCAUCUUUCAGAAACAACUCCCCAAGAUGCCUAAGGAUUAUAUUGCGCGACUUGUUUACGAUCGAACUCACUUGUCGAUCGCCAUCGUCAAGAAGCCCCUCGAGGUUGUAGGGGGAAUUACCUAUCGACCCUUCAAAGGGCGCCGUUUCGCCGAGAUUGUCUUCUGCGCCAUUAGUUCUGACCAGCAAGUCAAAGGAUACGGUGCCCAUCUUAUGUCACAUCUGAAGGAUUAUGUGAAAGCCACGAGCGAUGUGAUGCAUUUCUUGACUUACGCCGACAACUACGCCAUCGGUUACUUCAAGAAGCAAGGCUUCACCAAGGAGAUUACUCUCGACAAAAAAGUGUGGAUGGGUUACAUCAAAGAUUACGAGGGAGGAACUAUCAUGCAGUGUUCUAUGCUGCCACGGAUUCGCUAUCUCGAGAUGGGUCGCAUGCUCCUUAAGCAGAAAGAAUGCGUUCAGUCUAAGAUCCGUGCUUAUUCCAAAUCACACAACAUUCAUGCUCCACCGAAGGAUUGGAAGAACGGCAUCAAAGAAAUUAAUCCUCUCGAUAUUCCAGCUAUUCGAGCUUCUGGAUGGUCACCCGAUAUGGACGAGCUGGCCCGGCAACCUCGUCACGGACCCAACUACAACCAGCUUCUCCAUCUACUCAACGAUCUUCAGAACCACAAUUCUGCCUGGCCUUUCCUUGUGCCGGUCAAUCGAGAUGAUGUUGCCGACUAUUACGAAGUGAUCAAGGAGCCCAUGGAUCUCAGCACCAUGGAGAGCAAGCUUGAGGCCGACCAAUACCUCACCCCUGAGGAUUUUACGAGGGACGCCAAGCUGGUUUUUGACAAUUGCCGGAAGUACAACAACGAAAGCACUCCCUACGCAAAGUCGGCCAACAAGCUGGAAAAGUUUAUGUGGCAGCAGAUCAAAGCCAUUCCCGAAUGGUCCCAUCUGGAGCCCGAGAGGUAG